UCAUUCUGUAUUUCCGGAAGUGUGCUACGGACCUUUCUUUCCACAGUGAUCAUCGCAGGAAGAAUUGUCUACAAUUUCAAAUUCAAUAAUUAUCAGCUGUGCGAACUAGCUAAGUACGUUGCAUUUCGUAGAAGUAUUUUAGGAAAAAAAUGUGUACUCAAACGAAGGCUGCUUCCCUAAUGGCGAACAUUCCAGAGGCAGAAAUCGACCCGACGGGUGUGUUCAAAUACGUUCUCAUUCGAGUACACAGUAAAGAAGACGGCGACGAUUCGAGCGUAGAUAUUGUACGUGGAUAUGCCUGGGCCGAAUAUCAUGCGGAUAUCUAUGACAAGGUAGCAGAGGAGCUUGAGAAAGGAGGGCACCUGGACUGUGAAUGUAUUGGAGGAGGAAGGAUUAAGCACGACUGCCAGUCAAAGAAGAUCCACGUCUAUGGCUACUCCAUGGGCUUUGGCAAAGCAAAUCACGCUGUUUCCACAGAGAAACUGAAGGUGCGCUAUCCUAAAUACGAGAUCACCUGGGCUGAUGAAGGAUACUGACCUACACUGGACCCACCUCUGUGCUUGGACUUGGUUCAGGCCUAACUCCUUCCUGAGUGUGGGCCAACAGAACACCGCAAAACCUCAGUGGCAUCACAGUAUGUGAGAUCUGAAGACAAACCUGUCGGUACAAAGCUGGGACUAAGACUGACACAUUACCUAGUUCAUCGUUUCCCAAACUCAGUCCUCGGGACCCCAAGGGGUGCAUAUUAAUUUUUGUUGCCUUAGUAUUACACAGUGUAUUCAAAUGAUCAAAUCAUCAUCAAGCUUUGUUUAUUUGAAUCAGCUGUGAAGUGCUAAGGUAAAAAGUUUGGGAAAUGCUGACCUAGUUGCUGACUAAUAUACCCAGAACAGUGCUUGAUUUUGUAUUUUGUUUCAGUGAAACAAUACAUGGAAAACAAUACUUAACAGGAAUCUUUUCAUGUUUAACCAUAAAACUAAUAAAUGUUUACAUUGAUUUAAUACUU